ACAAACGUGAAAAAUUAUAUUUAAAAAAUAAUUUAGUAUAAUUGAUGUUUACCUGUCCGUGUCUUUUUGAUUGGUAUACAAUUAUAAUCAUAAUUGACUCCUUGACAGAGUACGCAAUUGGAACACCUUGAGUUUGCUUCGUCAGCAACGUUAUUUGUGCAACUUACAAGAAAACGCGCUCAACCACAAAAUGUGCACUCGAAAAUAUUAUACUUGUCUUGUUAAUGAGAUAACGGUUUCAAAUUCGAAAAUAAACAAUUGAAUAUUUGAUUGCAUUGCAUAUUAAAUAUUUAAUAUAAGAACGAAUUAAUACGAUUACAGUCUGGUCAUACUAUCUACGAAGGCUAGCAUAGUUCGGAUUUUCCAACGAAAACGAGCGCAAUUCAAAUUUUGCCGCGAAGAUUGUAACACAGUUCAAUUAUGUCGCGAAAACUAGCACAACUCACGAAUCAACCUGCGAUUUUGGGCACUGUAAGUAAGUGCUAGUCAUAGCGGGAAAUGUCCGAGUUGUGUUAGUCUUUGCGGCUAAUGCAUGGGUUGUGCUAGUCUAAUGUGUGCACUUUCAGUUGUGCUAUAAAAGAAUAAAAAUAGUAGAAUAACUCUGCGUAGUGAUACAGUGAAACGUGCAAGAAUUGUCAGUCAUUUUCAAAUAAUAAAAGACGUGCUCCUACGAGUAACAAAGUCAAAUGAAAACUUUAAUGCCAACUCUUGACAGGUGAUAUUUUCAACGCUGACUGUGAGUUAGCCAAACUUUACACAAAGUCUUAUAUCACUACAAUGAAAAAUAAUUUAUCAAUAAUAAUUAGCAAUAACGCUAACAUUAGCUUGAAACAUGUGCCUGAACUUAAUAAGAUUAGAAGUUAUGCAUCACAAUUUUCUGCUGCAUGGGCGAUAAAUGCAUUAAAAUUUACUUCUGGUACAUUUGCCGGAGUAACUACGAUAAUCAUUGCGGAAUUCUACACAGAAAAUGGUGAAACCAAAAUGACACUUGACGAAGUAACGUGGUUUAAUAGUUACUGUUUCACCUUAACGUUAGGAUUCUUAGCAAGUGGUAUACUGGGACAAAACAUAGGCAGUCGCAGAACGAUGCUGAUCGCAGCAAUUACAUAUAUCACUUGUUGUUUUACAUUUUACCUUUCGACAAGUGUGACAAUAAUCUUAAUAGUUCAAGCUUUUGUAGGUUUGAACAUACCCAUGUCAAUGAGUCCUAGUUAUGCAUACAUUGUAGAAAUUGCAGAACCGCAAUUGAGAAGCAUAUUAUUAGCUAUUGGAAACUUAGCCAUUAUUGCGGGUUCAUGCUUCGCGGUGAUGAUGGCAAAAUAUAUUCACUUGAAAACUAUAAUUCUAAUAAACACUAUAUUUCCAGUCAUAGGAUUAUUGACAGUAUAUUUAUUGCCAGAAAGCCCACACUGGCUUGCUAGUAAAGGUAAACUGCGCGAAGCUGAAAAUGCACUUCUCUGGUUAAGAGGAUGGACAGAACCUAUUAAAAUAGAAUCUGAAUUAAAGUCAUUGAAUGAUAGCUAUCAUGACAACGAAUCUUCGCAUAAAACAGUAAACAGUUUGAAAAAUACUUUCUCACCGUACUUGACCAGACCUUUUUGCCUUCCAUUAGUUUCGAUUAUUUAUAUGUUCUUUGCACAUUCAAGUGCAGGAUCUUUUACAUUGCACGCAUAUUGCAUAGUAAUUUUCAAAAAGAUGGACCCAACUUUUGAUAGAUAUGUUGCUGUUGCGCUUUUUGAUACAAUACGUGGCAUUGGCGCAUUUGUAUAUAUAUUUGUGGUACCUUAUGCUGGUAAAAAAAAACUUCAAUUUUUUUCAUUUAUUACUGCUGGAUUUUCAUACUCAAUAAUUGCGAUCAUAUUACUAUUAAAAGAGAAGGAAUUAGUAAACUAUCAUGUGUAUUCAUUUGUUCCAGUAGUAAUGUUUUUUAUGUCAACUUUCUUAACUUCUAUGGGAAGUUUUUGUUCAAUAGUGAAUUAUUUCCAACAAGAUUUCGCAAUGUUGGCGUUGGAAUAGGUUUGCUAGCAUAUUCGGUUUUUUUUCUGUCGCUAAUAAAGUAUAUCUUUACAUGGUUGAUAUCAUGACAUUGCAAGGAACAUUUGCAUUUUUGCUAUAACUAGUUUCAUUAGUCUUUUCUCAUUUCACUAUAUAUUUCCAGAAACUGAAGGUAGACUUUAAAAGGAAUUGAGGAGUACUAUGCAGGAAAACAAAAUUUUAAACGGGAAAAAAUAAGUUUAAAUGAGUCCACUAAAUUUUAAUAAAUCUAUGUACUCCUACGUUUUUAAAAAAAUAUCAUGUACAAUUAUAUGCAUGUAGUACAACUUAUAAUAUUGUACAUAUUAAAGAACUAAAUUAACAUUCUUCAUUUAAAA